AUGACAAAAUACGUAUUCUUCACCUAUGGUAUUAUUGAAGGCUAUCAAAAGGGCAUAAUCGCUGCCUCUACAGCUCUACUCCUGCGAGCACAGGGAUUGAAAGUAACAGCUGCUAAAAUUGAACCAUAUGUACAAUUAGACGGGAAAAAUCUUGAUCCUGGAUUCGUUUUUGUCACAAGAGACGGUUGUGCAGUAGUCGAAGAAAUAGGCAAUUAUGAACGAUUUAUCGAUGCGGGAGUGCCCGGAUCACAUUACAUAACUAGUGGGCAAGUCUUUCACGGACUCGUCGAGAAAGAGCGUGCUGGAGGGUUUUUAGGGCGAUCAGUGACAUUAGUUGGGGAUGGAACGGAUCGAAUGCAAGAACUUAUUGAGGCUGCAGCAAAAGGAGCGGAUGUCUGUAUAAUAGAGCUCGGGGCAGAAAUAGAUCCACCAGACGUUCAAACUUGGCUAGAGGCAAUAGAUGAAUUCCAGAACAGAGUUGGAGAAGACAACGUCGCAUUUAUUCAUGUG